ACUGGUCAUGAAAGGAAACUUUACAUCUCCGGAUCAAGGAUGGUCCUGGAUUGUCCUUCUUGCUUCUUUUGGAUCAAAUUGCAUCCACGGUUUCUUUCUGACUGCAGUGGGGAUUCUUCAGAUGUCCUUGCUUGACCACUACAAGGAAAGUGUGUUCAUAACUUCAUUGCCACUUUCUACAUUUAUAGGAUUACUUUCCAUAUCAGGACCAAUUGCCAGCUUGAUAAUCAAUAAAUGGAGUUGCCGAGUAGGAAUGGUAAUGGGUGGACUAAUUGUGUCCCUUAGUCUCCUGGUGACUUCAUUUAUGCCGAAUAUAAUUCUUGUUUUCUUUUCACUAGGAAUAUUUGGUGGAAUUGGAAUAGGAAUCACCUUUACACCGUCCAUUGUUGUUCUAGGAUACAACUUUGAAAUGAAAAGAAACUUUGCGAGUGGGAUAGCGGUAUCGGGUAUUGGUAUUGGAUCUUUUGCUCUAGCGCCAUUGAUGCAAUCUGUUAGCAAUCAUUAUGGAUAUCAUGGCUUAAUGUUUAUGUGUGCAGGUCUUACAUUACAAUACUGUGUUUUUGGUUGUUUACUUUUUCCUUCCAAGCUGGAAAUGGAUCAAAAGAAAGAAAAGAUGAAAGAUUUGAAUCGCAAGAGUACUGUUCUUUCACCGAAACCCAAGAGACUGAGAGACAUAUGCAGAGCUGUGUCACAAAAAGCACUUAUAAACAUUUACAUAUCCAUGUUUCUGUGUAAUUUAGGAAUUUAUCUCGUUUAUCUUCAUUUUGCGAGUUAUGUAACAUCCAUCGGAUUCAGUAAAUUAGAGGCAGCUUUUCUUUUCUCCAUAUGUGGAAUCUGCAAUUGUAUUUCUCGAAUUCUGGUUGGUUCAGCUACAAAUGUAAACAAUGUUGAUGAAUUUGUACUAUACGCAGGGACAUUUAGCCUUACCGGAUUAACAACAGUGGUUUUUCCACUCUAUGGACACAUUUAUGGAGGACAGGUUUUUUAUAUGGUGUCAUUUGGAUUGUACUCAGGAAUAUGCUUUGUCCUGUUAAAUUCCAUAUGUGUAAUUCUUGCUGGGAUUACAAAUCUAGCCACAGUGUAUGGCUUGAUUUCGUUUUUCACCGGUAUAGGUUGUUUUAUAGGGCCUUUACUAGGAGGUUUCAUUGUUGACCUUGGUGGUACAUACAGUCAGUCAAUUGCAGCGGCGGGUAUAAUAAUCCUGAUUGGUUCUGUUUUUGCUUGGGGCUCAGGAGUUGGCGAACAUCGUGGAACUUUUACUCAGAACCCAGAAGAGAGGAUAAUUUUUCAGGAAAGCGAGACAGCUCAAGAACAGACCACAAAGUACGUUGAUAACGUCGUCAUUGAAAGGGAUUAUGGAGGUGACCCAGAGACAGAUUAUUGUGUAAGAAAAGGAAAUACUGAAUGUUCACUUGUGGAGAGGGUCAAGGACGAGACGAAAAAGGUCAAGGACAGUGCAUACCUUGAAGAAACUCCUUUCAUAUCAAACCUUGAUGAUUGUGAUCGUAUAGAAGUAAAUAAAAAACAUCAAUUUGAAUCAGUUUUAACCAUGGCCAGAUACUAUACAUUACCAGACCACGGGUGGUCGUGGGCUGUUCUUAUAGCCUCUUUUGGAUCCCAUUGUAUCCAUGGUUUCUUUUUGACGGCCGUGGGAUUGCUUCAGCUCUCUUUACUGGACCACUACAAAGAAGGCGUAUUAAAAACUUCAUGGGCGCUUUCGAUUUUCCUCGGAUUGUUUUCGAUUUCGGGACCACUUGCGAGUUUGAUAGCCAACAGAUGGAGUUGCCGAGUGUCUUUCUUAAUUGGCGGAAUUGUCGUGUCUAUAAGUCACGUCAUGACUUCCUUCAUGCCAAAUAUCAUAAUGGUUCUGUUCUCGCUAGGAAUAUUGGGAGGUACUGGUAUUGGAAUAUGUUAUGCAUCAUCAGUAGUUGUCGUUGGGUACAACUUCGAGAAGAAAAGGAACUUUGCGAGUGGAGUAGCAGUUUCAGGCGUCGGAAUAGGGGCAUUUGCUCUUGCACCACUAAUGCAAGCUGUUAGCGACCAAUAUGGCUAUCAUGGAUUAUGGCUGAUGUGUGCAGGGUUGACAUUGCAAUAUUGCGUGUUUGGUGCUAUGCUUUUUCCGUCCAAACUAGAAAUAAGUCGGAAAAAUAAGGAAUUAGAUAAUGCAGUCUUGUCGAAAUGUGAAAACAAUAAAAUUUCCCAAGUGUUCAAGAGGUUGAAAACUGGAUGCAACGUUUUGUUUCAAAGAGCUCUAUUGAACGUUUAUCUUUCCAUGUUUCUUUGUAAUUUAGGAAUUUCUCUCAUUUAUGUCCAUUUUGGAAGCUAUGUGACGUCUGUGGGAUACAGAAAGUUGGAUGCUGCUUUUCUUUUUUCGAUAUGUGGUAUCUGCAACUGCAUUUCUCGUAUUUUAAUCGGUUCAGCCGCAAAUGCUAGCAACAUGGAUGAAUUCGUUUUAUUUUCAGGGGCUUUCAGUCUUAUGGGGCUAUCAACAGUAUUGUUUCCAUUGUAUGGAUCAAAUUACGGUGGGCAGGUGUUUUACGUGGUGACACUAGGGAUGUACUCAGGAUCGUGUUAUCCCUUGUUGAACUCUAUAUGCGUUAUUCUAGGAGGCAUUGAAAACUUGGCCACUGUUUUUGGAUUUAUUUUGCUUUUUACAGGUGUUGGUUAUUUUUUGGGACCAUUACUUGGAGGUUUAAUCGUUAGCUAUGGUGGGACAUAUAGUCAGUCAAUAACAGUAGCAGGUGCAGUGAUUCUAAUUGGCUCCACCUUUGCUUGGUGCUCAGGAGCCAGUGACCGACAUAUAAAUCAACUAAAGAAAGACACAGAGACGGUUGUAAUUCAGGAAACUGAACAAGACCAUAUCAUGAAUGAAGAUGAUCUCAAUGGAAGCAAAUACUGUGAUAGUAAACAGGAUUCUCUGAAAGAAAUUGAAAAGCUAGAAAACAAUGUAGAAAGUAGUUCCUUAUUAACAAAUGAUAUUGAGAAUGGCAGCAUAUAAUAAAUUCUCGAUCUAUAAAUAGAGAAUACGAAUAA